GCUCGACGUGGCUUUAUUAUGUGGGGGGUUUGUUGUCGGUUUGCUUUCGAUCGUAAUCACGGUGCUCCGAGUGAUCUAUGAAUUAAAAUCGACCAGAGAUAUCCACGACUGGCUACCUGUCAUCCGUCAACGUAAUCAUCCCCGAUCGACGAUCGAUGAUCCGUCGUGUCGCCAUCGAUCACGAGUGCCGGCUGAAAUGAUAGAGGAUCCUCCUCUUUCGGGGAAAUGUGAAUCAUUUUACAGUGAAUACACCUGACAAAGCGUGCGCGUCUUCGUCGAUCGCAGAAGACAAUCGUUCGAUCGCGCGUGACUCCGUGGAUCCCGGCGACGGCCACACACGUGCUUGCGGGCUUGGUGCACGCGAGUGCAAUCGAACCAUCUCACCCCGACUCAGUGAGAAAAAGAGUGGAGUUCCGUGUCGUUGAAUAAUUUACCGUGAAGUGGAUGCAGCUCGGUGGUUGGCCGGGAAAUAAUUAUUAAUUAGGAUACCGUCGCCCCGUGGGCCUAAUUUCGUCGGCAGAUCAACGUCGACACGCGAGAAUUUAAUUACCGCGGCCAGUGGUCUCUGCGGAUGAUCCUUCCGCGUGUCCUUCGGUGGAUGCUCCCCUGGAGGAGCGGCGCGAGUAGCGAGUCGUCGGCUAGGGCCAGACCAAGUUCAUUUGGAGCUAGCGGUGCAGUGAACCGUGGCCGUGUCCUGGCUGUUAAUUGUGACCGAGUUAGACACGAACUGGAGCAACGGCUACCCCAAGAAGGCGCACGUUUGCCGCCUAGAGAUAUCGGAUACUCGACACGUAGCCCAAUUCGGAGUACGGUUCGCCAGCGACACUGUUAAGAAGUUUGCGUUCUGAUGCAUCGUUCGAUCGGCCUCGUACUUCCGUAAUCCAAUGCCUCACUGCCGUCUUCAAGAUCUAUUAUCCUAAAUCUGUGUUCAUCGCUGUUGGACUCGAAGGAGACCAGCUACAGUCAUCCCCGAGACCUAGAGUUGCGAAGUGUAUCACUGCCUAUCUCGCACAAUUUUCUUAAACGAUCGAACCUCUAAUUGGAGAGGACUCGUCGGGAAUCUAUCGUCCAUCGUUGAAAGGCCUUUCUUUCAAGAUUAAUCACGCGUAACGGGAUUAAUUGAGACACAGUCGACGGUCCUCUCACCUGACGUCGCAAUCAGGAGUUGCCCCGGGAGGAACUCGACGAUCGACGCCGGGAUCGGAGCACCGAACGAAGAAGGCCGCGGGACCAGCCUUGGGGACGAUUAUCGCUGAAUCGUCUAGGAGCAGUUAAGGCGAUCAGGUAGCAGCGGGCGGUCGUUCUCGAAACAGCGAUAUCGCCGAGGUGGCCACGGAGACGGCGAAACGAUGUCGACGACGGCGCAUUGCAGUACAGGGAACGGCAGGCACAUCGGCAAUAACAACAACACCGACUGCAUCGGUAACAGCAUCACCGGUUGCAAUUAGUGCCGGUACGCGACGGUCGUGAGUCUAGGUAACCGCUGAAACGGCGGGGGGGUGUCGGGUCGUUCCAGGCAACGUUGAGAGGUUAGACAGUGUGUGCAGUGUGAGAAAGGGAGACAAAAUGUUGUGGAGGUGCCAGUUGAGUGUCGCGACUACGACCACGGUGUUCGUGCUGGGGAUUGCCUCGGUGUAUUCGCAGGUGAAGUUAUCUGAUCUGGAUAAGCCAAUUCCAAUCGUCUCUGUCAGUGGAGUGGUAGACAUGAAAGUUCAGCUUCCUUGCGACAUUAAUUCCCCCUACAACGACGAGGUCAGCAUGGUCCUUUGGUACAAGGAAGGAAGUGGAGAACCAAUUUACAGCUUCGAUGUCCGGGGUCGUCGACAAUUCAGCAACGCUCACCUUUGGUCGUCGCCGACGGCAUUGGGACCAAGAGCUUUUUUUAUCACGGCGUCGAAUCCCGCUCACCUCAGCAUCGAUCGAUUGAAGACCGAUGACGAAGGGAUCUAUCGGUGUCGAGUGGACUUCAAGAACUCGCCGACGAGAAAGCAGAAAAUGAAUCUGACUGUUAUAGUGCCCCCUUCGGAGCCGGUGAUACGGGACAGGACGACGAGGAACACCUCAGAUAUAGAGGAAUCCUACAACGAGGGAAGUGACGUGAACCUGAUUUGCGAGGUACGAGGUGGCAGGCCGCUCCCGAAGCUGACGUGGUACCUCGAGAACACCGUGAUAGACGAGUCCUAUCGCUACGAUGCUGAGUCGCGUGUGACGGUUAACCCGUUGUCCUACCCGAACAUUGGUCGCCAACACCACCAGGCACGGUUAAUCUGUGAAGCCAGCAACACUAACCUAGUGACGCCGCAGAUCAGGGUAGUCAUCCUCAAAGUAAAUCUAAAGCCAUUGGUCGUACAGAUUUUGACGAAGGAGCCUCGAGUAUCCCCUGAGAAGAACUACAACGUGGAGUGCAGGACGAAGGGUUCCAGACCUAAAGUGGUAAUUACUUGGUGGAUGGGGAACCAGGAGAUUGAGAAAAUGGCGCAGAAUUACGAGCUGGAGAAUAAUGAAACCCUCAGUGUCCUGAGUUUCGUGCCAAGCAUCGACGACGAUGGCAAAUAUCUGACGUGCCGAGCCGAGAAUCCUUUGAUUCGUGAUAGUGAGUUGGAAGACAAGUGGCGGUUGGACGUGCAGUACAAGCCGGUUGUGACUCUCAAGAUGGGCAAGACCUUGAAUCCGGACAAUAUCAAAGAGGGGGAUGAUGUAUACUUCGAUUGCUCCGUCAGGGCUAAUCCGAAAGUGUACAAGCUCUCCUGGUUCAAAAAUGGUAAAGAGUUAAAGAACAAUGCCACAGCGGGUAUCCUCCUCAGCGAUCUUUCUCUGAUUCUUCAAGGCAUAACUCGAUACUCUGCUGGUAAUUACACUUGCCUUGCUGCCAAUAGCGAGGGAAAGUCUGCCAGUAAUCCUGUAGAGCUCCAAAUAAUGUAUAUCCCAGUAUGCAAGGAGGGUAGAAGCGAGGUGGUUGUCGGCGCCUUGAAGCAGGAAACCGUGUCGUUGGUUUGUUCCGUUGAGAGUCACCCAGCACCGUUGACCUUCCACUGGACAUUCAAUAAUUCUGGAGAACUGAUGGAGGUACCUCAUACCCGUUACUCUCACGUGCCAGCGCUCGGGACACCGUCCGUUGCCGAAAGCCUGAAGGAGUACCAGCAGUACCACGGAUCCAGGUUAAACUAUACACCAGCGACGGAAAUGGACUACGGCACGGUGGCGUGCUGGGCGAGCAACCAGGUUGGCAAGCAACGGGUGCCGUGCCUCUUUCAGGUGAUAGCCGCAGGCAGACCGUACGCUCUGCACAAUUGCAGCGCGACGGAAAUGUCCGCGCCUCUGGACAUCGAGGAGCUGGGGGUGAAGUCUGGAACCGGGUUGCUGGUGCGUUGCUUGGAAGGAUACGACGGCGGGCUUCCAAUUUACAGCUACCAAUUGGAGGUGGUCGCCGACGAAGACGGCGGACCGACUCUGCUCAACAAAACCAUCCCUGCGAGUCCGAGCGGACCGGCUUUCAAGGUAGCGGGCCUAACGACUGGACAGAGUUAUCGACUUUUUCUGUACGCGAUUAAUGCGAAGGGGAGAAGCGAGCCUGCCAUUCUCGAGCCAGUGACUCUGAAAGGUGUCGCCAUGUACACGACAGGUACCACGGACGCGUCGAUGCUGAGCCCGUUGCUGCUGGGACUGGCAGCAACAGCGACCCUUUUGGCCCUGGCCGUAGCUGGAAUCCUGGCGGCGCUCUACCGGAAGCACUCGAACGGCCGGCCCGGAAGUCCAAAGCACGCUCCCAUCGUGUGCGAGCCACCUAAUGCAGGUGCAACUACCCCGGUGCACCCUCAGACCAAGCAGGCGGUCGAUGACAUCGAUCCGGACAUCAUACCCAACGAGUAUGAGAGAAGACCCCUAACGUACACACCGAUAUACAAGACGCCCCCGCAGCGGAGAAAGAAGGAUCGGCUCAUGGACGACGCGAUCUCGCCGGAGAAAAGGCCGAUCGUACAGCACGCAUUGGAUCUACCCCCGGACCCGAUCAUGAACGAUUGUCUACCAACGCCGGCCAUAAAUUACCCACAGAAUCACGUCUCCCAGUCGAACGCAUACAAUCAUCCACCCACUAUGGCGGACUUCAAGCAAAUGGCGAUGGACGCUUACAAUCAGCGAAAUAACCAAAACGUGUACUACAGUCUCCAGAGGUCGAGCAAAGGGCUGUCGUCGAUGCCGCAGAGGCCGGUCUCCUCGUCGGUCUCGGCGCAGGGCAAGUUCCAUCAGCCGGAAGUGGUGACACGCUCGAAUCGAAUACAAGAGAGUUGUAUAUAAAUUCCACGAUUACGGGGGAAUUCCCCUUUCCGCGAAACCCGAACGGCUCCGCGAACACUCGCGAUGAGUCGCCAAGCUGCGAAUUCCCGCGAACGGGAUCACACGUGGCGUCUUCCUACGGUCGACGGUGUGAAUUCACGAUCGACCGACCUGGAACACUGCGAACGUAUCGCUGUACAAAAUCGACGAACAAUUUUCAGGUCGACGUGACGGAAACGUGGACCCCUGUAUCGAUGAUACCGAGCCUCGGGCUUCCGUCGACGGGAACGACGCGAAAUUGGACACGUACAUAGGUGUCGCCGCGGCCUCGGUCGUGAAGUUAAUGAAACGUCGACGAUUAGAGAACUCGAUCGGUUAACGGGGCGAGUGUAUCGGGGUUGCGUUACGAUUCCGUUCGAUUGUUCGUUCUUUUUCUACCUGGAGAUUUUUAUAAUAGAGUUUGGCCACGUUCGCGCGUAAACGAGAAACGUGAGAGGUUCGAUAAGAUAGUGCAAAUAGCUAGCAAUUUGACGAAGCAACGUCGCCGAAUUAACGAACACACGGGAGCCGGAUAUUCGAGUCUUCGUUUCCGUUCACGGACAACCCAGGCACGAGAUACCGUGUGUUUUACUGUUUAUAUGAGAUUAGUUUUUGUACAAAGAUCUAUUGUAAAUAGGCGAGACUGCCUGGCCCCUUAGUGGAUAGUCAACCGAUGUCCGAAUUUCAUUCGCUAAGUGUCACAGUUAGAGGCGGCGGGGUGGAUUGUUCGGCGGGGUAAGAUAAAUACUCGACGCCAUACGAAAUAAAGUGGAUACGUUUCACCUGUUUUACAGAAACGAGUGUCUUGGCUGCUUGUCGUCCAGCGCCGAACCUUAACCCCCGUCGCCGAUCCUCUCUAUUAAGAGACGGGAAAAACGUACGAAACGAGGAGCCGAAAUUUUCGGUCGCGCGUGACUCGAAUCGUUGACAGCGAUCGCAUUGACCAUCGAGUUUCGCCUUCUCCAUUUCAAACGUGAAGCAAAUCUUAAUGCACCGCGUGCAUCCACGACGGUGAAAGUCCCAUGAAAAUUUUAUUCGAGCGCCAAACACGUCGCGGCGGGGCCCCCUUUCGCCGACGAUCCCGAGGGUUUCAAUUUCAGACGGCGUAUAGUUUAAGCGAUACGACUAACCUUUCGUUUCAGUAUAAUCGGUUAGGUUAGGGAAUAAAUUCUUUCCGAGUUCAGGUAUCGUGGUGAACUAUGCUACAUCCGUGGCUAAGAAUUUCGAUGUAAAUAAGUGACCGGUUGCUUUGAUACGGAUUGAAGUUAAAUUUGUUGCACUAUUAGAAAAAGUUACAUUUUUUUUUUUUUAGCGCAAAGAGGUUAUUCUUUGAGAGAGGGAGAUACAAAAUGUAGAUAAAAUGUGAAGGAUAUAGUUUAUUCUUAUGAGUCUUUGGGUUUGAGAAAAUUUAUUUUGAUGAUUCAUGGAGUAGAAUGAAAUGAACAAAAAUAAAUAAAUUAAUGCUUGUAAAUUGAAGCUGUAGAAAAUAAAAUACACAAAUUGCGUGUUUGAGUUUCACUUGUUAAACUGUAAUAAUCGUACAAAAAUUAGUAUCACACUGAUGAACAUAAAUUCACGAUAGUAGAAAACAGAUGCUACUUACUUGACUGACCAUUUGUCGUCAUUUCUACUUGUAUCAGUAUUUAUAAAUGUCGAUAACAGCUUGCCAUAUUACAUAUUUUAUGUAAUACAGCUAGAUCAUCAGAAAAUAUUAAGAUCAAGGACAAAAAUAAUAUUAAACCACUGCCAAUAUCCCCAAAACCAAUAUAAGUAGAAUUAUCCGAUUUUGGUCAGACAUGAUAGGCAACUACAUAUAAACUCGACGAAAUGAAAAAUCGAUUUUCUCGAAGAGAAGACCUUCUAAGAAAAAUUAUUAUUUUAUACAUUUCAUUCAUUUUUAUAUGAACAAUAACUUCCUUUCAGGUCAUAAUAUAAAUUCUGUCUCAUUUUGCCUAUUUUUUCAUAAAAGUCUUUUUAUAACGUUCGAAAUAGCCAUAUCUGUUAUUAAAAAUUCUUUCAUUAAAAUAUUCAUAUUCAAAGCAAGUUUGAAAAUAAAAUUUCCUAUAUUUAUAAAAGAAAUAUAUAUUUCCAUAGUGAACGAGGUCAAACCACGUUUGUAAUCAUUGGAAAGAAUUUAUUCAAUAACCGUAUAAUAUUCUAACAAUUAGCCUAACAUCUAUAUAAUAUUAUGUUCAUGUUUGGGAUCAUUUUAACCGUAAUGAAGAUUUAUUUUAUCAAUUAU